AUGCACACUAAAGGGGCUUCUUCAGAUGCCAUCAGAGUUAGCACUUCUAGUGCCCCUAGCACAUCAAGCCAUGGUUCUGCGCAAGAUGACUAUGAUUCUUCUGGCGACGUGUACGUGUGGGGUGAAGUUAUUUGUGACAACACUGUAAGAGUUGGUCCCGAUACAGUAAUCAGGUCAACCGGGAAGGCUGAUUUUCUAUUGCCUAAGCCCCUGGAGUCCAAGCUAGUUCUUGAUGUGUACCAUGUGGAUUGUGGGGUCAAGCACGCUGCUUUGGUCACAAAGAAUGGGGAAGUGUUUACGUGGGGUGAGGAAUCUGGAGGACGUCUUGGCCAUGGAUCAAGGGAGGACUCUGUUCACCCUCGUCUAGUUGAGUCGUUAGCUAUUUGUAAUGUGGACAUUGUUGCUUGUGGGGAGUUUCACACCUGUGCUGUGACAACAGCUGGCGAACUUUACACCUGGGGUGAUGGAACACAUAAUAUUGGACUUCUAGGCAAUGGUACCGAUGUAAGCCACUGGAUUCCUAAAAGAAUUUCAGGAGCACUGGAGGGUCAUCAAGUUGCUUAUGUCUCUUGUGGGACCUGGCAUACAGCCUUGGUUACGUCGAGAGGGCAGCUAUUUACGUUUGGCGAUGGUACAUUCGGAGUUUUAGGACAUGGAAACCACGAAAGUUUUUCAUGUCCAAGAGAGGUAGAGUCUUUAUCGGGGCUGAAAACAAUCGCUGUGGCUUGUGGUGUAUGGCACACUGCAGCUGUUGUAGAAGUUAUAGUCACCCAAUCCAGUUCAAGUAUGUCUUCUGGUAAGCUCUUCACAUGGGGAGAUGGAGACAAACAUCGGCUUGGUCAUGGUGACAAGGAACCAAGACUUAAGCCUACGUGUGUGGCUUCACUUAUUGAUUAUGAUUUCUGCAGGAUAGCAUGUGGUCAUAGUCUUACUGUCGGACUGACAACAUCUGGACAGGUUCUGAGCAUGGGUAAUACUGUCUACGGCCAGCUUGGGAAUCUUCGUUCAGAUGGUAAACUUCCAUGCUUAGUUGAAGAUAUCAUGGGUGAACAUGUCGUCCAAGUUGCAUGUGGUUCCUACCAUGUUGCAGUCUUAACAAAUAAGACUAUAUGCCAACAUAAAUGGGUUUCUGGAGCUGAGCAGUCGCAAUGUGCCUCAUGUCGGCAACCAUUUGGGUUCACCAGGAAGAGGCAUAAUUGCUAUAAUUGUGGUCUUGUCCAUUGUAAUGCUUGCACCUCACAUAAGGUCCUGAGAGCAGCAUUGGCUCCUAAUCCUGCAAAACCAUACCGUGUUUGCGAUUCAUGUUUUAUGAAAUUGAACAGUGCAGCAUACUCAAGUGCAGUUAAUAAGAAGAAAGAGGCUGUGCCUCGCCACUCUGGUGAAAGCAACAAUGAUGCUAAAUUAGCUAGAGCAAUUGUGUCCAGCAAUUUGGAUAUGAUUAGAAGUUUGGACAGCAAAGCAGCAAAACAAGGGAGGAAAACUGAUGCACUGUCAUUCCUUCGGACUCCCCAAAUGAGUUCACUUCUUCAGCUGAGAGAUAUCGCUUUAUCUGGCGGAAUUGAUAUGAACAAGUCAGUUCCAAGAGCAGUUCGCACUUCAGUUCGAUCAUUGAACUCAUCUAGGGCUGUUUCCCCUUUCUCUCGCAAGCCAAGUCCACCACGCUCAACCACACCAGUUCCAACAACUCAUGGUCUUUCAGUUGCUAAAACUGCUGCUGAUAGUCUUGCAAAAACUAACGAGAUGUUAAGUCAAGAGGUUGAAAGACUCCGUGCACAGGUUGAUAAUCUGAGGCACCGCUGUGAGCUUCAAGAACUUGAGUUGCAGAAAUCAGCAAAGAAAGUACAAGAAGUCAUGACAAUGGUUUCAGAGGAAUCUGCAAAGUCUAAAGCUGCUAAGGAAGUCAUAAAGUCCCUAACAGCACAGCUCAAGGAUAUGGCUGAAAGACUACCUCCAGAUCUGGGAGCCUAUGAUGGCAGUGAAGCAAAACAAGCGCACGUUCCAAAUGGCAUUGAGAUGUAUGCUUCUAUUUACACUGGCAUGAAUGGUAUUCAUCUGCCACGAAACGAGUCUAUCAGUGCUGUAAGCACGCCUAGCCUGAACAUCGGACGAUCAUUGCACCCAAAUGGAAUAUCAAAUCAGCAUAAAUCACCAGGAGGUAUUAGUGAAAACAGCGAAGUGAGUGCUCACACCCAUAGGGUUUCAGGUCCUCCUGAAGCUGAAAAUCCGAAUCGAAGGGGACAUAGCAGUAGUGAUGAGAUGCUCAGUGCAAGCAGUAGAGCAGAUGAUAGUAGCAACAAGGAUGCUAGGUCACUUUUCAAUGGCGAGGAUGGUUACAAAUCUCGGAGUGCAGUAUCUUUGCCCAGCAACCAAGUUCAGGCUGAGUGGAUUGAGCAGUAUGAACCAGGUGUAUACAUAACACUGACAACUCUUCGUGAUGGGACCCGAGAUCUAAAGCGCGUACGCUUCAGUCGAAGGCGUUUUGGGGAGCAUCAGGCGGAGAGCUGGUGGAACGAGAACCGUGACAAGGUCUACGAGAAGUACAAUGUGAGGAGCUCGGAGCGAGUAUCGUCGGCAUCAUCGAUCCGGUCAGCUCGAUUAACCCCUCCUUCCUACUCAUUGCCUGGCAGUGGUCAUCAGAAAACUUGA